AGACAAAGCAAUUCGCACCUGCGGCUGUACGGUAUAAAAGGCCCAGGUGAGUGGCAUUGAAGUCAUUCGUGUUUGCUCAUCCGUCCCGUUCACAGCAGCAUUCCACUUGUCACAUCCCUUUCCAUCAUCUCGUGUGCAACUUUGUCUUCUAAUUAUGGGUCGCCAUUCGUUCUCGUUGUUGUUGGCUGUCGUGUGCUGGAUGGCUGGGUUAACCGUAGGUGGUCCGAUGAUGGGUGGAUAUUCUUACGAAAUUACUACACCAAAGUCUUACUACACCACGAAAGCUGACGAGUAUUACACUACGAAGAAGGUGGAGUAUUACACCACACCAGCCCCGUACUACACCACGACAUAUGCGGCACCGUCUUACUACACUGAAGCUCCAAAGUAUUACACAACGAAAGUGCCAGAAUACUACACCACAAGCUACGCAUCUCCGAGUUACUACACCGAAGAACCCAAGUAUUACACGACAGCGCCUCCUGUCUAUUAUGCUGAGCCGGUGCACUACACGGAAGCUCCGAAAUAUUAUGCUGCUCCCAGCUAUUAUGCCACUGAGGCUCCUUACUACACCACUAAGGCGGCUGAGUAUUACACCGAGGCUGUGAAGUAUUACUCUGCUCCGAGCUACACCACUACAGCUGCACCUUACUACACCACUGAAGCUGAAAAGUAUUAUGUAGCUCCGACUUACUACACCACUGCUGCUCCUUCCUACUACACUGAGGCACCAAAAUAUUAUUCUUCUUCUGCUCCAUCGUACUACACCGAAGCACCAAAAUACUACACCACUGCAGCCCCAGCCUACUACGCCGAGCCAACCUACUACACCACUGCAGCCCCAGCCUACUACGCCGAGCCAACCUACUACACAACUGCUGCAUCGUACUACGCCGAGCCAACCUACUACACCACUGCUCCCUCGUACUACGCCGAGCCAACCUACUACACCACUGCUGCUCCCUCGUACUACGCCGAGCCAACUUACUACACCACUGCUGCUCCAUCGUACUACGCCGAGCCAGCCUACUACACCACUGCUGCUCCAUACUACACUGAGGCCCCGAAAUACUACACCACUGCUGCUCCAUACUACACUGAGGCCCCAAAAUACUACACCACUGCUGCUCCGUACUACACUGAGGCCCCGAAAUACUACACCACUGCUGCUCCAUACUACACUGAGGCCCCGAAAUACUACACCACUGCUGCGUCUUCGUACUACACUCAGGCGCCAAAAUACUACACCACUGCUGCUCCAUCAUACUACACCGAGGCGCCAAAAUACUACACCACUACUUAUGCUGCUCCUUCCUACUACACCGAAGCUCCAAAGAAUUAUAAAGCUAGUUACUAACAAAGCAAUGUGUUCUGAUAUCAAAGUGUUACUAGUCAUUGAUGUGAAGUUGAUUGAAAGAUUGAAAUAUAACUUAUUGUCAGUA